CUUCGAGCACCAUCCAUGCUAGGAUGAGGCAAAGCGUUUGAAUGCGUGUGGCUGUUGUAAAUAGCUCCACGCAGAGACACUCGAGCUGCAUCAUUAGACAUAACAUGCUGGUUCCUUUAUGAUGUUUAUUCAUUCGUUUCUGAUAACCAAGGGGUUUCAUUCCUAACUUCUUUUCCGGGUGAGUUUUUCGCCAUGUUAUCGUCUCUUCCCACCAGGCUAUUUGCACGAAGGUCACGGAGCCUGUCACCGUGCAGCCGCGUCCUCCAGACUAGUGCAGGUGCUCCUGCAUGUCAGACCAUCCGACAGCCACCGGCGGAAAACAACCGCAACCCCAUCGUAUCCACGUCCCGCGUUUCAAGACGGGGGAUUUUGGCUGAUGACACUGCGGCUAACAGUGGGAAUCAGUCGAUGCAGUACCACCAUCUCGCCCCUAGAUGGCUGUCAAACCUGGAGAACCGUCGCAGCUCCUGGGCCGCGCUGGCCAGCAGAGGGCGCCACAACAAGCUGUACUGGGAGGACGGUGGUCAGAAAGAUGGAGGUGAAGGGCGAGGCACAGGAGGAGGAGCCAGCGGGGAACAAGUGGCCUGUGCCGGCGUGCUGUCUGCUGCAGCCGUGGCUUUCUGCCUGAAGAAAGACUCUGAUAACAAAGGCGAUGCCCUUUUGGAGGCAGCAAGGACCAACAACCCCCAAGAUGUGACCAGACUGUUGCAGGAAGGGGUUGAUCCAAACCACCGUCACCGUCUUGGCUGGACCGCUCUCAUGGUGGCUGCCAUGAACCGACAGCACAGUGUGGUGAAGGUUCUGCUUGAAGCUGGUGCUGACCCAAAUGCUGGAGAUCACUUCAACAAUGUUUAUGACACCUCGAGGGAGAAAGGCAUCCACUCACUGGAAGUCCUGGUGUCCAGAGAGGAUGAAUUCAGCAGCAGACUCAGCAGCAGAGCUGGUUUUCGUGGCUGCUCAGCGCUUCACUAUGCCACGCUGGCUGAUGACCCAGGCACCGUCCGUAUGCUGCUGGAGUUUGGUGCCAACCCCCUACAGACCAAUGGAUUGGGACACACAGCACGGGCCUAUGCCAAAGAAGGGGAAGUGGGCACACUUCUGCAGGAGUGGGAAGGCAAGUUCCAGGAGGCGCAGGCUAAGCGAGAGGCGGAGGAGAGGAGGAGGUUCCCCCUGGAGAGGAGGCUGAAGGAGCACAUCAUCGGACAGGAAGGGGCCAUCAAUACCGUCGCUUCAGCCAUCAGAAGGAAGGAGAACGGCUGGUACGAUGAAGAGCAUCCGCUCGUGUUCCUCUUCCUUGGCUCGUCAGGAAUUGGAAAGACGGAGUUGGCCAAACAGGUGGCGCGCUACAUGCACAAGGACAUCAAAAAGGGAUUCAUCCGGAUGGAUAUGUCCGAGUUCCAGGAGAAACAUGAGGUAGCAAAGUUCAUUGGCUCUCCACCAGGAUAUGUCGGACACGAGGAAGGAGGUCAGCUGACCAAACUGUUGCGGGCGUGUCCUAACGCUGUUGUCCUGUUUGAUGAGGUGGAUAAGGCUCACCCUGAUGUCCUCACCAUCAUGCUGCAGCUCUUUGACGAGGGUCGUCUCACGGACGGCAAGGGAAAGACCAUCGAAUGCAAAGACGCCAUCUUCAUCAUGACGUCAAACGUUGCAAGUGAAGAAAUCGCCCAGCAUGGUCUUCAGCUGCGGCAGGAAGCGGAGGAGGUCAGCCGCAGGAAGCUGGCAGAUAAUCUUGAGGAUGCACAGAAAGGUGAUGACAUCACAAUCUCAAGGCAGUUUAAAGACUCCGUUAUUCGGCCAAUCCUGAAGGCACAUUUCCGGAGGGACGAGUUUCUCGGUCGGAUCAAUGAAAUCGUCUACUUCCUGCCCUUCUGUCACUCGGAGCUGCUGCAGCUGGUCAGCAAAGAGCUUAGCUUCUGGGCUAAGAAGGCUAAGCAGCGCCAUGACAUCACUCUUCAGUGGGAUCGGCCAGUCCUGGACCUCCUGGCGGGCGGAUAUAACUUGCAUUAUGGAGCACGUUCCAUCAAACAUGAGGUGGAGCGGCGGGUGGUGAACCAGCUGGCUGCAGCCUACGAGCAGGAGCUGCUGCCCAAAGGCUGCACCCUGCGCCUCUCUGUCCAGGCCGAGAACCGGGAAGAACGCGGCGCGCCCAGUCUACGCUUGGAGGUGGUCGGGGAGGACAGCUCAUCCAGGACGCUGGACAUCCGCCCUCCGCUCAGCCCCGAACACUAAGGGUUUGGAACGUAUUUUAGCAAUAAAAAGUACCUCUGCUACCGCGACACAUCACUGCCUCACUUCUUUCACUACACACGUGCACUAGAAAUAUGCCAACUUUAACACCACCAGGACGCAUGUCUUGCACACUCGUAUGUGCGUCUUCAUGAUCACAAACAUGCUGUGUGAAGCAUCAGAUAGACAGUGAUGUUAAAAAUGUUUAUCAGAUAUUCUCUUUAUCAUAGAUGUGUGUGUUCCUUAGCAGGGUGAAGACCACAGAAGAUGUACAAAAUGUUUUGGUGCUGCACUGAAGGAUGAUUUUCACUUCAAUUUGAAUGCACAUUGUACGUAUACCAAGAAUCCCUCACCAGCACCGCCGCGUUGAUAAAUAUUACAGUACAAUUUAGCAGAGAUCACGCACAUCAGUCCAGCUGAAUCAUGGUGUUAUGUGAAGUGCUUCUGAUUAUGCAUGCUAAUUGUGAAAUGCUUGUGCUGUGUUGACAUGACGAGAAAUUUAGAGCUGUAAAGAAUAGAAGAUUCCCAUGAAUGGAUGCAUGGAUCAUAAAUGUUUCAGAUGUGAUGGAGCCACAUUUGUCACUCUUGUGUGCCAACCUCCAUGGUGUAAAUAAAGUCAUCGCAACAAAAAAGCUAAUUCUUGUUUUUG